AGUCCUGUGCAAAUACUGACUCAGUAAUGAGCUCUGUACACCAGCCUUUGGUUCAUGUUAAAUACAAAGCAAGCAUAGUGGUUUUUUUUUUUUUUUGGAUAGAAACUGAUGGGGGUGGGGAGAGAAAGAGGGAACUGGGAAGAGAAAGAAGGGAAGUUAAAUCUUGCUGCCCUCCCUGUCUUCCUGACAGAAAACCAAACAUGGCAUCUUCCAUGAGGAGCUUGUUUUCUGACCACAGCAGAUACGUUGAAUCUUUUCGGAGGUUUCUCAGCCAUUCCACGGAACACCAGUGCAUGCAGGAAUUCAUGGACAAGAAGCUGCCAGGCAUAAUAGCAAGGAUUGGAGACACAAAACCAGAAAUUAAGAUUCUGAGCAUAGGCGGAGGGGCAGGUGAAAUUGAUCUUCAAAUUCUCUCCAAAUUCCAGGCUCAAUACCCACGAGUUCACAUCAACAAUGAAGUUGUUGAGCCAAGUGCUGAACAAAUUGCCAAGUACAAAGAGCUUGUAGCCAGGACAUCAAACCUGGAGAACAUAAAGUUUGCUUGGCAUAAAGAGACAUCAUCUGAAUAUCAAAAUAGAAUGAUCGAGAAAAAGGAGCUUCCAAAGUGGGACUUUAUUCAUAUGAUUCAGAUGCUUUACUAUGUAAAGGACAUCCCAGAUACCCUGAAGUUCUUCCAUAGUCUCCUAGGUACAAAUGCAAAGAUUCUCAUUAUUCUUGUGUCAGGAACCAGUGGCUGGGACAAGCUGUGGAAAAAGUACGGAUCCCGCUUACCCCGAGAUGACCUCUGCCAAUAUGUCACAUCAUCUGACCUCACUCAGAUGCUGGACAAUCUGGGGUUUAACUAUGAGUGUUAUGACCUUCUGUCUACCAUGGACAUAUCUGACUGUUUUAUUGAUGGGAAUGAAAAUGGAGACCUACUUUGGGAUUUUUUGACUGAAACCUGCAACUUUUACAUGACAGCACCACCUGAUCUCAAAGCAGAAAUUAUGAAAGAUCUACAAGAGCCUGAAUUUAGUGUUAAGAAAGAGGGCAAGGUUCUUUUUAAUAAUAGUCUGAGUUUCAUAGUGGUUGAGACAUAACUAUCUAUCACAAGAAUGUAUUCAAAGAUUAUAUUUUGAACAAUGUUUAUCACCCAUCUAUUUCCAUAUUAAAAUUACAAAUACAUUGCAUAAUGUAGAUAGAGCACUGUUUGCAUAUGGAAUCUAGAAAAUUCCAAGACAUACUGAUCUUACCCUUUUACUCCCCUGGGUAGAGAGACCACAUGCAGGCUAAAUAUCACACAACCUGAAAAUAUGAGCCAACUGAAUCACACUGUUUUAUUGACAAUAAAAUCCAUUUCACUUUUA